UACACCGGAAGUGCCAUCCAUGUGCGGCUUUGGAGGGCAAAGUGAAGAUGGCGGCCCGGCUGUCAGUUCUGCUCCGAGUCCGGGGAGGCGCUGUGUGCUGCUGGAGGAUCUCCACCAAUCACCUGAAAACCUGUCCGAAACCCACCGGGAGCCCCCGCCUGCUGAGCACUCUCCCCCCUCCCCCGCCUAGACAUGGGGGGGAUCAGUUCAAAUUCGGGCCGGUCACCUGGAAGUCUCUGGCGAUCACGGUGGCUCUGGGUGGAGUGGUGUUGGUGGGGAUGAAGUAUUUGAAGAAAGAGAAAGAAGAGAAGAUGGAGAAGGAGAGGACCAGGUCUAUGGGGAAGCCAUUACUGGGCGGACCGUUCUCGUUAAUCGACCACACCGGUUUACCGAAGACCGACCAGCAUUUCCUGGGUCAGUGGGUCCUGCUGUACUUCGGCUUCACCCAUUGUCCCGACAUCUGUCCGGAGGAGAUCGAGAAGAUGAUCGAGGUGGUGGAUGAAAUCGAUGCCAUGAAGGGCGUUCCCAAUCUCACUCCUCUAUUUAUCUCUAUUGAUCCCGACAGGGAUAACCCAGAGGCAGUAGCCAAAUAUAUUAAAGAAUUUUCCCCCAAACUGAUCGGUCUUACGGGGACGCCGGAGCAGAUUUCGCAGGUGGCGAAGGCGUACAGAGUGUACUUCAGCCCGGGGCCCAAAGACGAGGACAGCGAUUACAUAGUUGACCACACCAUUGUGAUGUAUCUUCUUGCCCCGGACGGUUCCUUUGUGGAUUAUUAUGGACAGAACAAGAACAACCGCGACAUCGCCGGAUCCAUCGCACUGCACAUGGCCAAAUUCCAGCAGAAGCUUUAAUGCAGUGCUUGGGGGAGGGGAGAGUCAUCUUUGUUUACGUUCUUCUUCUUUUUUUUUUUUAUACAAAUUAUUUUCUGUUGCAAACUGAAGUAUAAAUUAUGAUUUAUCUAUAAUAAAUAGAGCAUUGAUUUUUUUUCAGCGUGGUGUCGCAUUUA